CCUCUCCUCACCAUGAACUUGGAGCCACCAAAGACUGAGGUCUGGUCAGCCACCGGGGUGAUGGGGGGACCUGUCACCCCCAGGAAAGGGCCCCCCAAAUUCAAGCAGAGGCAAACCAGACAGUUCAAGAGCAAGCCCCCCAAGAAAGGCAUCCAAGGGUUUGGUGACGACAUCCCCGGCAUGGAAGGCCUGGGGACAGAUAUCACGGUCAUCUGCCCAUGGGAGGCCUUCAGCCACCUGGAGUUGCAUGAGCUGGCUCAGUACGGCAUCAUCUAG